AUGACAUUCUCUCAAAAAACUGCAGAUGACUUGGCUAACAUAGCAGAAAUAUGCUUAGUGGAAGUGGAUAAAGUGGCCAUCUACACACAGUACUUUGAUAUAUUCCUCAUAACUUCCACAAUCUUUUUUUUCAACGGUCAACAUAUUAAGGUUGAUUGGGGAACACCUGAUCACACCAAAUUUAUUGGUAGUUUCAAGCACAAGCAAGAUUUCAUUGGUGUUGUUGAACCUGACUGGAGCCAGCUGCCGAACGAGAUUCUGCUGCAAGUCUUCAGUUACCUUAGCAACAGCGACAAGUACCACGCCGCCCUCACCUGCAAGUCCUGGCUCCGCCCACUCUCAGUGCCGUCCCUGUGGCAGUCCGGAGAUUUUGUUUUUGACUGUAAAAGCGACGAAAAGGCCAUCCGGUUUGUUGACAUCACCGGCAAAACAUUACGUCAUAUUAAGGUAGAAUGUAAAAAACUUGAAAAUCUUCAAUUGGUAUUGGAAUACCACCCAUCUUGUUCAGAGAAGAUGUAUCUGUUUUUAGCCAGCCUUUUGAAUUCAGAGAAUCACCAGCUGUUGACCUUCAGACUGAAAAAUCUGAGCAGUUUGGAAACGUAUUGCGGUGGGGAAAGGUCAACGCCGUUGUCUGAGGUCGCUAAACUCCUGAAGAGAUUCUUGAAAGUCCAGCGACAGCUUCGUGUCCUUGACCUUAGCAAUAGCGAAAAGUCUGUGAGGUUCUGUUUCAAGGAAAUUCUUACCGUGAGGCAAGGCAUGAAAUUGCUGAUAGCAGCUGGCAAAUACUGCGGCACCACGCUACAUACCCUUGCUAUCGCCAGGCUCGUUAGCUUGAAAAGUAGUUUCCAUAAUAGCAUGAGCUAUCUUCCGCAAUUUCGAAACGCCAUCUCUGGUUUCAGCAAGUUAUCAGACCUUGACCUCAGCUAUGGUUAUCUGGAAGAUGACCUGCUACUCAGCCUGGCUAAUACAACAACCAGCCUCAAGUUGAUCACAGUUCGAGCUGAUGAAAUCCCAGAGUUAGAAAGUCAAAUUACCGCUCUAGCAUGGGAGAAGCUUACAGCGGCAUGUCCUGAGCUAAAAGCGAUUUUUCACAUCAAGCACAAAUUUGAGUCGUACUCCCAAGACCCAACAUUGAUACUCACACCAUCCAUGCCGCUCUAUCAAGUCAAGUGGAAAGCUGGUGCCGCCAUCGCUAAAGAGAACUUAGAGAAGUUCUUUCAACAUGUGGCACAGAACUUUCAGAAUACCAUACACCACCUUCAUCUACAGACGGGUGUCCGCCCUGACACGGAACGCUUUGAGCUUGUGUUCAAAAGUUUGCAGGCGUGCAAAAAUCUGGACACCCUGUCCCUGUGUUUGAAAAGCUACAAGAGUGGUGACGUAGAGAUGUACAUGCUGGCAAUAAAAGAUGUCAUGACGCGAUGUCCAGUGUCAUGUGACGUCACACUGAACGGUCAAGUUGUGAAGGUGGGGUCAGGAGAGUUCACCGGGUUGACCAGUUGACGAAUGUUUUUUUUUUUAGAUCGGUGGUAAAACAAGGUAGUACACAUUAGCAUCUGUGUUUUUUAUUUAUCCUAAAAAAAAUGGGUCCAUUUAACUAUUUGUUUUAAGUUCUAGAACAAUAACAAUGAUGAAAACAAUACUAAAAAGCGGAUACUUGCACCCCUCCCACUCGGUGAUUUUAAGUUACCAACCGGAGAAAAAUGUCAGAAAAACUCUUGAUUUGUAUAAUAAUAUUUACUGAUAAUAACAUAAAAAGUAGUUCCAAAUGCAUUUAGAGUUAAUUAUUUCCCAUAUUUGAUUGUAUACUUGAUCAAGGGAAUCAAUUGCAAUGAAAUCUCUGUAUUAAAACAAUUUAGAAAUCAUUGUAGAUAGGGAAAAAAACCCAGUAAUGAUAUUUUAUUUAAACGUCAAUUAGACCACUGCAUAACAAUUUAUAGUUAGAGAUUUCAAACAUUAAAAACUUGUAUACUUUUUUCAGCUACUUAGGUUAACAACGUUUAUCGUUUUGCGUCUGUAAUUUUUUUUAAACUGUAAACACUUUAUUUAAUACAGGCUGUACUAUUUAAGUUUCUUUCUUUACCUUUAGAUCCCAUUUCAAAGAAGGGUCUAUAUUAAAAUAAAUUCACUGUGCAGGUUACAUUUUAAUAUGAUCAACACAAAAAUGAUCAACUAGCUGUCCUUCACAGAAAAUCAAUAUUUUAUCAUAGGUUCGUGUGUUGCAUGGUACCCAGAAUUUAACCAUUCGAUUAACCGCAUUCAAUGAUGAUAUUGAUCUAACGUAUCAUGCAGUAGACAGAAGUUAAGCAUGUAAAGAAAAUACUAUGCAAUUGAUUAGAGCAUAUUAGCUUCAUGCAUCGAAUAGGUGCUAAAACAUAUUUAGCAGAAGACGAAUUAUGUAGCUAUUGCUAGUUUAUCUACAGAAAAUGCAUGUUAAUUUAAAAAAAAAAUUAAGUAGUACAGUUAGUGUAUUUUCUAU